UCAGAGGGACAGGAUGGAGCUCAGUCCACUCUCUGUGAUGCUCUUUCUGAUUUCACUUAUACCAGUGGCACAAGCUGAAGGGAUUCAUAAAGCUGUGGUGUCCAUAAAACCUGAUACGCGGGUGUUCACUGGAGAAAAAGGUGUUACUUUCAGAUGUGAAAUAAAGGGAAUAGGAGCGCCCACUGAGUGGACAUACAGCUGGUAUAAGAAUAAUACUCUACUCCAACAUGAGGGAAAAGGCAGAGUCUAUAAAGACAUCACAAUGAAGGAGUUCAGUAUCAAGUCUGUUAAAGACUCUGACAGUGGUAUCUACACCUGCAGAGGACAGAGAAAUAACUCUCAGGUCUCAGAGAUCAGUCAUGCAGUUACACUGACUGUAUCAGAGAGACCACAGGCAGUACUGAGGGUAUCUCCACAGAGCUGGCUGACUGAAGGAGACUCAGUGACUCUAAGCUGUGAGGUUACAGACUCCUCUACAAACUGGACAUUCAGCUGGUACACAGUUGUUCCCUACAGAGACAGUGAGGGUGUUAUUAGAUAUAACCCAGAGCUGCUGUCAGACAGCAGCAGAGGAUCUGGAGGCAACUACACUCUCAGUCAUACUGCUAUUAAUUACACAGAUGUUUAUAGGUGCAGAGGAGAGAAAAAAGAACCACGCUUUCAUACAAAGUACAGCAAUCUACAACCACUGUGGAUCACUGGUGAAUUUCCUCCAGUCUCUCUGAUCAUCAAUCCCAGCAGAACUCAACACUUUACUAAUGACUCUCUCUCACUGAGCUGUGAGGACCAGAGUAACUCUACUGGAUGGACAGUGAGACGAUACACACACAGUGAGAGAGGGUCAGAUUGUUCACAUUGGGGAUCAGUUACAGGAUCUACAUGUAACAUCAGCUUCCUCUCCACAUCCUACACUGGAGUUUACUGGUGUGAGUCUGAAUCUGGAGAAAACAGUAAUCCUGUCAACAUCACAGUGCAUGAUGGUGAUGUGAUCCUGGAGAGUCCUGUCCAUCCUGUGACUGAGGGACAUCCUCUGAUUCUACGCUGUUUAUAUCGCAACCCAAAUCCCUCAAGCCUCAGAUCUGAUUUCUAUAAAGAUGGAUCAGUUCUCCAGAACCAGGCUACAGGAGAGAUGAUCAUCCAAACUGUCUCAAAGUCAGAUGAAGGUUUCUACCACUGUAAACAGCCACAGAGAAAAAUUUCACUGAAAAGCUGGCUCUCAGUCAGAUGUUCUAGGUCCAGUAUUGGAACAGUAGGAGUGGCUGUGGGGCUGAGUUUGGCAUUUUUGUUCAUCAUUUCAUUAAUGUUAAUGCUCCUGCUUUGGUACUGCAAAAUAAAGAAAGAAAAGCAGCAGAAAACCAAUCAGACAUCAGAGCGCAAUCAGAACCAGUCAAGAGCUGAAGACUCUCUUUCAGGGCACACACCACUUCAGGCUGGAAGUGCUAACAUCUAUGCCACUGUGGAUGAGUUAGACAUGAGUGAAACAGGUGAAGCUGCAGAUGAGACCAACGAAGCCACUUACACACAGGUCACAAAGAAAAUGAAGCCAAACAGGAACAAUGAUGCAGAUGCUGAACCCAGUGUUGAUGAUGUGACUUAUGCUGAUAUAGAAAUAAAACCAAAGAAAAACUCAGAGACAAAUAAAGAAAAAGCCAGCGUGGGUGCGGAUUGCAUAUACUCGGAGCUGAAGCUGGACAUGAAGACUUGACUGGACUUCCACUUUGGUCAUCUGUGGUGUAUAUUGGUUUUAAUGUGAGAAGUGCGGUUACAUCAGCAUUCCAAUGAUGUUUACUCUCGAACAGCUUAAAAUUCAGCUUUCAUGAAAUAAUGAUGUUGCAGAUGACUUGGAAUGUUCAGAAAAAAAUUUAAGGCAGGCUUGCAAACAUAAAAUGCACUUUAUUUUUAGUUUUGCUUUUCAGUGUCACUGUUUAACUGCAGAAGACUAGGCUUUUCCAAUAUACUUAUCAGAGGUUAUAUUUAAACUUACAUGUAUAAGACUCUUAUAGCUGGUCACUUUCGAAACAUGUCUUACUAGAAACUACUCCUAAUACACACACAAGUCUGGCACUUGUAAUGACUUGUAAGAACUACUGUAAUGUAAUGAAUCUGGGCCUCAACUGGAUAAAUCUUUAGACAGUAUGUUAAUGUGGUUCCUGUGGGUAUAAAAAAAAACAGAAGUUCUCUUGUGCAGACCAGAUCAACUGAAAUGUUGUUUUCUAAACUUAAAUGAUAUUUAUGUUAACACUUUGUUUACCAUAAAAUAUGGAUUUGAAUGAUACCAAACAUGCCCUGGGGAAUAUUUGACUUUAACAUAGUUUAGGUUAUAGAAAUAUCCUUUAUUUGUCACAAAUACAUUACAGCACAGUGAAAUUCUUUCCUCACAUAUCCUUUCCUUGGAGGUUGGGGUGAGAGCACAGGGUCAGCCAUGAUACAGUGCCCCUGGAGCAGAGAGGGUUAAGGGCCUUGCUCAAGGGCCCAACAGUGGCAACUCAGCAGUGCUAGGACUUGAACCCCCAAUCUUCUGGUCAAUGACCCAGAGCCUUAACCACUUGAGCCACCACCACACCCAGCUUAUCAGGUUUAGUUCACAUGGUUGAUUUGAUCAAUAUUCCUGAUCACCUUACAUUACUUUAAAUAAAAUAUUGCCACAAAAAUCAAACACAUUGUGAAACAACUUUCAUGCAGCGGUUUAAAUGCUCUAAUAGAUGCCUUACAAAGUCCUAGGAUGUAUAGGGCACAUUAAAAUGAAAACAAAAUGGUUGUUUUUUUAUUGCUUAUUUUAUUUAAUUAUUCAUGAACACAUUCUAACAAAAUUAUUUGUUAGAAAUUUGACUUUUUUUAUAUUACCAUUCCUCUACUGUAAGGACGCACUCGAGGCAGGUGUAGUAGAAUCCAUAUGCAGAUCUUUAUUCACAAAAAUGGCAGGCAAGAAUCGGAAUCGAUAUGGCUAAGCGAAAGGGUCAAAAACUGGAAAAUCAAUAACUAGCGAACAGAAACCAAAACCGCAAAACCGAGACUCGUAGAAAAACAGUAACAGGCAAAGAUCAUACACGUAGCAGGCAAUCAGGAGCCAUAAACAAGGCUUGGUACGUAAUCCACUAGAGAGAACAAUACUUCGCAGGGAACAAUAGGCAGCGUGCUGCUUAAAUACCCGAGUAAGACAGGAAGCGAGUUCACAAAUGUCAAUAUUCGGGUGAUGGCUCCCUCUGGCGCUCUGGUUCUGCAAGCAUCGUUACAGAACCCCCCCCCCUCUAGGAACACCUCCAGGUAUUCGUUGAUGCGGGCACCCCCGUGGACGAGGAGCAGGUCGAUUCUGGAAGCUCAGAUGGAAUUCCUCAGUGAGCGAGGGGUCGAGAAUGUCCUGUGCAUUAACCCAACAACGUUCCUCUGGGCCGUAACCCUCCCAAUCCACCAGAUACUGAAGGCGGCCACCUCGACGAUGGGAAUUCAGAAUGGUGUGCACCUGGUAGGCAAGGGAGCCAUCAAUGUCCAGUGGUGGGGGUGGUUCAGUGAUAGCGGGGCCGGUGGUCUGAGGCUCGUGGAAGGGCUUAAGUAGAGACACAUGGAAGGUAGGCGAGAUACGAUACGAUGCUGGAAGCUCAAGGCGGAAAGAAACUGGAUUAACUUGGCGUAGAAUUUUAAAUGGGCCAACAAACUUGGGGCUGAACUUAUGACAAGGAAGUUUCAGUUUUAUAUUCCUAGUAGAAAGCCACACCUUCUGACCCACUUGGUAAGCUGGGUGGGGACGCCGACGCCGGUUAGCUUGGAUCUCUUGUCAUCGGAUCGCCCUCUGGAGACGAACAUGGGCUCUUUCCCAGACCUCCUGACUACGUCUUGACCAGUCCUCAACUGUAGGCACAUCCGAGGGUUCCCCAGACCAAGGAAAGAGCGGAGGUUGAUAGCCCAAUACACAUUGGAAUGGAGUUAAGCCGGUCGAGGAGUGGCGCAACGAGUUUUGGGCAUAUUCAGCCCAGGGGAGAAACUCACUCCAACGGUGUUGCUCACGGCUGCAGUAUGUUAUUAGGAACCUCCCAAUUUCUUGAUUAAGCCGCUCCGCUUGGCCAUUGGACUGGGGGUGAUACCCAGAGCUGAGGCUGACAUUGAUCCCGAGUUGUUUGCAAAACUCCGACCACACACGAGAUGUGAACUGUGGGCCGCGAUCAGAAACAAUGUCCUCGGUUAAGCCAUAGUGACGGAAGAUGUUUUGGAAAAUGGCUGUGGCUGUUUCCAUGGCAGUAGGCAGACCUUUCAUGGGGAUUAACUUGCAGAACUUGGAAAAUCGGUCGAUUACAACCAUGACUGUGGUGAAACCUUGAGAGACAGGGAGGUCUGUGAGAAAGUCUACUGAGAUGUGAGACCAGGGUCGGCAUGGAACUGGCAGUGGUUGAAGUAGACCUUCUGGUAGCUGACGGCUCGUUCGGGAUUGUGCGCAGACUGAGCAGGAACGGAUAAACUCCUCGACAUCGUGGUUGAGCGAUGGCCACCAGAAUCUUUGUCAUACCAGCUGAAUGGUUCUACGGGUGCCGGGGUGUCCUGAACUCAGGCUCUCAUGGGUCCAUCGUAAUACUUGAUGGUGGAAACCUGUGGGUACAUAAACUUUGGUAGGUAGACAUGUUGGGGGAGGAGCCUCUGUCGAUUGAGCCCGUUCGAUUUCACUCAUCAGGUCCCACUGCACACGAGCUACUUGGACAGAUGGUGGAAGGAUAGGCUCUUGGCUGGAUGGUGGCUGCAGGGUUUCAUGGAUUCGAGACAGGGCAUCUGCUUUCCCAUUCUUAGACCCGGGCGGUACGAGACUGAAAACUUGAAUCAUGUAAAGAAUAGAGCCCACCUAGCUUGCCGUGGGUUGAGACGCUUGGCUUCCCGAAGAUAGGCCAGAUUUCUGUGAUCGGCAAGGACCAGGGACGGGUGGCGGGCCCCUUCGAGCCAGUGCCUCCAUUCUUCCAGGGCAGCCUUUAUCGAUAGUAGUUCCCAGUUCCCUACGUCAUAGUUAAUUUCGGCCGGUGUGAGCUUUCGGGAGAAAAAAGCACAAGGAUGCAGUUUUCCAGACUCAGAUUGACGUUGAGAAAGCACAGCCCCUAUCCCACAGCUCGAAGCGUCCACCUCCAGUACGAACGGCAGCUCAGGGUUAGUUACUUUUCUUAAGUUUCUGAAAAGCAGCUCUGGCGUGAUCAGUCCACUUUAAUUUCUUGGGCUUGUCUUUCAGCACUGAAGUCAUUGGGCUAGCAAUGGUACUGUAGUUCCUGAUGAAUCUCCUGUAAAAGUUCGCAAAUCCGAGGAAGCGUUGCAAACCCUUGAUGGAGGUAGGUUCGGGCCAGGAUGUAAUGGCGGACACUUUCGAUUGAUCCAUUUCCACUCCUUCAUGCGAGAUUACAUAUCCUAAAAAUGUUACUGUGGAACGAUGAAACUCACAUUUCUCCAGUUUCACAUAGAGCUUGUGGUUGGUGAGGCAUUGGAGGACAGCACGAACAUGAGAAACGUGUUGAUCUAGGCUGGUGGAAUAUAUGGAGGAUGUCAUCUAUGUAAGCAAUGACGAAUUUGUUUAGCAUAUCCCCGAACACUUCAUUGAUAAGUGACUGGAAGACGGCGGGGGCGUUCGUAAGGGGGCGUUCGUAGGUGUGUGGUGAGUAAGAAGGCCCUCCCUAAUGGGCUGAUCAUUUAUGGCAGUGACUUUUAACGGCGGAGUGCAUGGGAUAGUAGAUUGGCCGAGCUCACGGACCAGGUUGCUGUCUAUCAGGUUCACUGCUGAUCCAGAGUCAACCAGCGCUGUGACGAAAAAACGAGAGUCAUUGUGAAGGAUGUAGGCAGGAAGAGAAACCUUAGAAACCAGCUUCACGACUCCUCUCUGGGAUGUGGCAGGCUUCCCUGGGCAUUGGAAGACUCUGUGACCUGGUUGUCCACAGUAGAAGCACAGCUGCAUCUACACACGGCGUUCACGCUCCACCUCGAAACACGAGACCUCCCCAGUUGCAUAGGCUUGGUGACUUCCUCCUUCUGGCUGUGGUAUUCCAUAGUGCAACAUGGUGAGGAACAAGGUGUGGGGGUGCGAGUACAAUGCUGGCACCGCAGGUUGUCAAGGCGAAUAGCAGUGGAUAUGUACUGGGAGAGAGUAACAUCAGUGUCUCUGCACGCCAUUUCCGCCUUCAGCUCUCUAGUAAGUCCUUCCCGAAACACCGCUAUUAAUGCCGCCUCAUUCCAGCCUGACUGAGCAGCGAGCGUGCGGAACUUAAUAGCAAAAUCAGCAGCUGUAUCAGUCCCUUGGAGUAAUUCCAGUAAUAGGACAGAAAUGUCUUUACCUCCUGCCGGAUACUCAAACACUUCCCUGAUCAGAUUUGCGAAGUAAUCAGCUGAGGUCUGGACCUGAGGAUCCGAAUCCCACACAGCCGAAGCCCAAUCCAGCGCUUUGCCCGUCAGCAGAGAUAAAAGGAAUGCGCAUCUGAUGCUAUCGCUGCAGUAUACCUCCGGCUGUUGAGUGAAAAAGUUGUCACACUGGCGCAGGAAACCUCGGCAUCGAUCCGCGGCACCAUCAAACUUUUCUGGCAGCGCGAAGCAUGGAAAUUCACUGGGGGAGGCGGAACUGGAGCUGCGGCGGGAGAUUGUCGUUGUCGUAGCAGCACGUUGGUGGCUUUUAACGCCUCCACCUGGUCCUGGUAGAACCGGAUCAUAUGUCUUUGGCGAACUAUGGUUGCACGAGGAUCCGCUGGAUUCUCUGAUGGCGAAGUAUUCUGUAAGGACGCACUCGAGGCAGGUGUAGUAGAAUCCAUAUGCAGAUCUUUAUUCACAAAAACGGCAGGCAAGAAUCGGAAUCGAUAUGGCUAAGCGAAAGGGUCAAAAACCAGAAAAUCAAUAACUAGCGAACAUAAACCAAAACCGCAAAACCGAGACUCGUAGAAAAACAGUAACAGGCAAAAAUCAUACACGUAGCAGGCAAUCAGGAGCAAUAAACAAGGCUUGGUACGUGAUCCACUAGAGAGAACAAUACUUCGCAGGGAACAAUAGGCAGCGUGCUGCUUAAAUACCCGAGUAAGACAGGAAGUGAGUUUGCAAAUGUCAAUAUUCGGGUGAUGGCUCCCUCUGGCGCUCUGGUUCUGCAAGCAUCUUUACAUCUACCAUGUAUCCAAUUUAUAUGUUAAUUAAAAUCAUUUAACCAGCCUCUCAUGUUACACUGUCACUAAAUUUAAGGCGUUAAUUAGAAAAGGUGCUCUUUUUAAUACCCAUGGGCUUAUUUCAGUUUGUGUACUUACAGAAACAUUCUUUUAUCAGUUUCAUGUUAAAUGCACAGUCCAGGAAAGUGAGAUGAGUCUAAGAAAACUGUGGAGAAAUUGAACACAUCGGAGCACACAGCAUCGGUUCACAUCACAGCAUUUAGACAUGAAAGUUCCUUCAUAAAUUGAAUUUAAUUGAAUAUGCAAAUUCAAUUAUUUUAAUUUACAAUGUAUUAAGCAUUAAUGCAUUAUCUAUAGUCAUGAGGGAAAUGAAGGCACCCCUCUGUAACAACAAAUUGCCAGAGGGAACCCUCACCCAAAUUCCGGGUUGAGGUCGCUUCUGGAGUCAUAUGAACUUCUAGGGUUUUCACACACAAUAAAUACAGCAUGCAUGCUGUGUUUAUUGCAAAACAUUCUUCUUUAUAGCCGUACCAAGCCUUUUCUGCUUUGCACAUUUUUGUGUAUGACCUCGCUACAGUUCCUAAUUCGUAUUUGGUUGCAAACGUUUCUGUACAGUUCCUUCGGCUAUGCCAAGGCAACAAAUCUAAGGCCAAAUACGCUAUCAAGUUCCAUACCUGAGCACCACAAAGUGGCUGGAAUGAUGCUUCCCUUCUGGCUGUGCAGGGAUACCAACACCUCAUUGUCCCAGUAUAUCACCAUGACCAUUCAUCUGGACAAUCUUCUGUGCCAACAAUGCACUGACAGCUGUUCACUCACCAGUUUCUGGAACAUUGCCACUAGGUAGGAGAGAGCAGAGUCCUUGCAGCUAAGGAGGACCCAGGAGUCCUAGGAGUGACAAGUGCCCACCUCCAACUCUGCUUUUAUUAGGGACAGUCAUGCCACCACUGCUCCAUCUGCCACUUCAUCUAAGGUGGGAUGGACAUUUAGUUUACACCGACCUUACAAUUGCAUCAUGCUCAUGACAUUUACCAUGUACAACCCUUUCACGUCACAGCUGUGGAUAACCGACCAAUCGGGGAAGGUUUAAUCACAAGUCAGACCAUCCCCAUAAGGUCAGAUUAUUCCAUACUGAGGAACUCUGCUUUAUAAUCAUUCUGUCCACAUCUAACCCCAUCAUCCUGGACUUCCUUUCCCUGCCUGUCCUGGAAUAAUAGAGAACUUAUGCAAUGGUAUGCCUACUGCAAAAAACACCGUCUGCUGAACUUUGUGACUCACACAUGCCUCACCACCACAGUUGAAAGCCCCCACACUCAGGGACCCAGGAUUAUACCACAGGAAUAUCACGAUCUCAGGGAGGUCUUGAGCAAAAAGAAAGCCAACAAACAACCACCACCAUCCCUGGGACCACCAUAGACUUGUUAAUUUAUGUCAUGCCACUGGAGGGCUGUAUAUAUCCUCUAUCCCAGCCGGAGAGCAAAGCUAUGGAGGAAUACAUUGAGGAGGCCUUGGCUACAGGAUAUAUUUGGCCAUUCACAUCUCCAGUGGCUGCAAGUUUGUUUGUUUUUUCAUGAGUGGCAUCAAUUACCAGGGCCUAAACUCCAUCACUGUCCACUACCCCUACCCCUACCAUUAAUCCCAGCAGCUAAUCCAGACUGAGUCUGCCCGGGCAGCCUUCAAUGACCUUAAGGUCAGCUUCACUACAGCACCCAUACUUACACCCUGACCCCCUCCCAUUCAUGGUGGAAGUGGAUGCAUCCAGCUGUGGCUUGAGACAGUGUUAUCAAGUGCCAUGGGGAAAUUUUCCAUCCUGGAAAAUUGUUUCCCUGUGCCUAUUUUUUCUGUAAAUUGACAUCAACAGAGACUAACUACCAUGUGGGAAAUUGAGAAUUGCUGUCCAGAAAUAAAGCACUUGAGGUGUUGCAGCAUUGUCUUGAGUGGGCACAAGAUCCCUUUCAAGUAAUCACAGACCACAAGGAAUAUAUAAAGAAUAUGAAGUGCUUAAACCCCUGACAAGCCAGAAGAUUCUUUACCAGGUUUCACUUUAUGGUAACCUAUAGGCCUGGAACAAAGAAUGGUAAAGUGGAUGCCCACUCCUGCAACCACGACCCCAUGCAACUGUCUUCAGACCCAGAAUCGAUUCUUACCCCCUCCAUUGUGUUAGUGCCAGUCAGAUGGGAUCUCAUAGUGGAAAUCUGCAGUCGGACCCACCACCUCCCAAAUGUCCUCCCACCAAGCAAUACAUUAUUAUAUAAGUUGUCUUUAUUUGUAACAUAAACAUUACUGCACUGUGAAAUUCUCUCUUUGCAUAUCCCAUCCUUGGGGGUUGGGGUCAGAGUGCAGAAUCAGCCAUGAUGCAGCACCCCUGGAGCAGGGUGAGUUGGGGGCCUUGCUCAAGAGCCAAACAGUGGCAGCUUAGCGGUGCUGGGGCUUGAACCCCAAUCUUCUAGUCAAUGACCCAGAGCCUUAACCACUUGAACUACCACCACCAUCCGUACUACAUGCCAGCCAUGCUACAUCCAUGAGUUAUGCAGAGGGUCCACACAGCUCAGGCCACCUGGCAAUCACUGAACCCUGUCAGAGCCUGCCCCAUCUGUUCUCAAACCAACCUGAGCCACCAACUCCCAGCAGGACUUCUCAUAUCCCAACUCCCCAGUUCCAAUGGAUUUACCAUUCUAGUGGCAGUUGACUGAUUCUCUAAGUUCUGCAGACUAAUCCCUCUCAAAGGACUGCCCACAGCAAUGGACACAACCCUGUUUCAUCAGUCGUUUCAGAUAUAUGGUCUUCCAAAGAAUAUUGUGUAUGAUCAGAGAACACAGUUUACCUCCAGAGUCUGGAGUGCGUUCUGCAGUCAACUCAAUAUUAACAUUAGUUUAACUUCCAGCUAACACCCCCAGUCCAAUGACUAGAUAGAAUGGUUGAACCAAGAGAUCAGUCGAUACCUGGCAUACGUGGCGAUACGUGGGAGUCGAUACAGCCACGAACAGCGCCGGUAGAAUGAGUUUCUCCCCUGGGCUAAAUACGGCCAGAAGUCCUUCACACACUUCUCCAUCAUAUCAACACUCUUCUAAUGUCUCCUGGGAUACCAGCCCUCUCUGUUCCCCUGGUCUGGAGAAGCGUCCGACAUCCCUGCUGUGGAUGACAGGAUUCAACAUAGCCAAUUAUUCUGGUAAAGUGCCCAAGAACGCAUGCAGAGAGCUUUACAUAGACAAUGGAUUCAGGCAUCCCAGGUACCGUGUUGAUCAGUGGGUGUGGCUCUCCACCCAGAACUUGAAGGUAAGACUCCCUUGCCUUAAGCUCAGCCUAUGCUUCAUUUGCCCCUUAUUAUUAUUCAGAUCAACCCAGUCACCUACCGCCUGCAGCUUCCUGCAUUUCUCCCACUUUUCAUGCCUCUGUUCUUAAACCUGCACACCCAUGCACCAACAACACCUCCACUAAUCAUGAACCUCCACCACCUCUAGACAUUGAUGAUUCCCUCUAUCUGGUGCACACCUUCUUGGAUUCCCAACACUGGAGGGGUCAACUUCAGUACCUGGUGGCCAGGGAGGUUUAUGGCCCUGAGGAACAAUCCUGGGUCAAUGCUACAGAUAUCUUGCCCUCAUAGAGGAGUUUCACAGACUUCAUCCGAACAGACCAGCUCCUCAACCUCAAGGAAAUGUUCCUAGAGGGGGGGGUAUCUAAAACAUCAACCUGCAACGCCGCCAACAAACUGCCAGAGGAAACUCUCGCCCAAAUUCUAGCAUUUGAGGUCGAGGUCGCUUCUGGAGUCAUACAGACCUCACUUCUUGAUGAUUAAUUAUCUACAUUUUUAUUAGUAACACUAGACUGCUAAUUACUCUCUUAAUAAUUGUGAAUGUGGGAGGGGUGUAGUUAUUUUCUCCCCACCUGGAUACUGAAUUUUUGUUUAAUUAUUGGGACAAAAUGAUCACAUAUUGAAAUGUAUUGUUUUUUUUUUUUAUUUUGGACUGAGAUGAACUGUUUCUUUACAGCUUAUUUAUUUUCUUUAUACAAGUUGUUGAGGUACACAUAUUGGUUAAUUACCCCAUUCUUCAAACUAAUACAUUUUGCCCAGAGAAAACCUU